AUGGAUUAUAAUGAGAUCCUCAUUUCAUCUAACUUUGAUGCAUUCCAAAUACAUCAAUUGUUUCACUAUGCUCCGUUCGCGCCGUUCUCAGGUAUCUGUUCGCCUGUAUUCUAUUGUAGCAAAAUCAAGGUUUGGAACUUGAAAGCUGCCCUCGAUCCUCGCUCCAAGCCUUCACAGCUCUGCAUUUGCACCUUGCAACAACAUACGGGACGCGUCUUCCGCUUGCAGUUUGACGACUUUCAAAUAGUCUCAUCAUCACACGACGACAAUAUUCUGAUCUGGGAUUUUGUCCGACCCACAACUAGUCAAGAGGAGCGUGAUGACGGCUUCGACGAUGGCCUCAGUAUGCAACCUGGACCUGUUUGCUCAUCUACUUUGCAGGCAGCAGCUACGUUGCCUCCGGCACAACAACAAGUACAGCAACAACAGCUCUCUUUUGCCGUUACAUCCUCUGGAGUGAUUAUCCGGCCGGCCUGUGACUGCGCCAGCAAUCAGCCAAGUCCUUCGUCUGGCGGUCACGCUCCUCCGCCGCCACCCUCAUCUCCAUCACCACCUCUAGUUGGUGGUUUACAUUCGGAUUCCCUAUCUCCUCUCCAGCCCCAACCCCCAUUGAUUGGUUGUCUCCAUUCUGCCUCGCUAUCGUCACCUGCCUCGCAAGCGGCUGCGAUUGCUCACAUUCCUGUACACUCGCAUUCUCAUGUUCAUGCUCAUUCGAAUGCCCCACAUCUUCCGCAACACCAACAGCAGCAUCGUCACCACCAACAACAUAAUCAUCAGCAUCAAGGCAGUUUACCAAUACCACCGCAACCUCAGGCCCAGCACAUGGCUAACCAAAUGGCCUCGCGUCAAUCUUCUCCCGGACUGCAUGUUCUUCUACGCCAUCUUUCAGAUCAGCAAAAGGCCGAUUAG